GUAACCUCAUUUUUCUAUCUUUCUCCCCCGAACUACACCACGCGACGACGACGCGGAGGGGUAGAGAGAGAGAGGGACAGCAGCACGCUAGUGGGGGCAGCCGCUGCGGUUGAGGCCACCGCGUCCAGUGCCGUCGCCGUCUUCGUUCGGGGCGGCGGAGCGGGGAAGGGCGGCCAUGGCGGGGAAGCACGGCCGCAACGGCUUCGAGGACGACGACGUCAACCCCUUCGCGGGAGGAAGUGUUCCUCCUGCCACCAAUUCUCGCCUCUCUCCUCUUUCCCACGAGCCAGCUGAUUUCUAUAAUGUGGACAUUCCUCUGGACUCAACUAAGGAUUUGAAGAAAAAGGAGAAAGAACUCCAGGCAAUGGAAGCUGAGCUAAACAAAAGAGAAAGGGAACUCAAAAGGAAGGAAGAGGCUGCAGCCCAAGCUGGCAUUGUCAUUGAAGAUAAAAAUUGGCCACCAUUUUUCCCCCUCAUUCACCAUAAUAUUUCAAAUGAGAUACCUAUCCAUCUACAAAGGAUGCAGUACCUUGCAUUUUCAUCGUUUUUGGGAUUGGCAGCCUGCCUGUUUUGGAAUAUCAUAGCAACCACAACCGCAUGGGUUAAAGGGGAAGGUGUUAUGAUCUGGCUGCUUGCCAUUAUCUACUUCAUAUCUGGUGUACCUGGGGCUUAUGUAUUAUGGUACCGCCCUCUUUAUAAUGCGAUGAGAACUGAGAGUGCAUUGAAGUUUGGGUGGUUUUUUCUGCUUUACCUGAUUCAUAUAAUCUUCUGCGUGUGGGCAGCUGUGGCUCCACCUUUUCCUUUCAAAGGAAAAUCUUUGGCUGGGAUUUUGCCUGCCAUUGAUGUCAUAGGCAAGAGCGCUAUUGUGGGGAUAUUUUACUUUGUUGGAUUUGGAUUGUUCUGCCUUGAGUCACUGUUGAGCAUUGGUGUCAUUCAGCAAGUAUACAUGUACUUCCGUGGAAGUGGGAAAGCCGCGGAGAUGAAACGUGAGGCGGCACGCGGUGCCCUGAGUUCCGCGUUCUGACAUCGUCUUGAGCAAAACUACAGCCCAGAUAUGAUCAGUGGGAAGAAGAGACAGCAUUUGCCAAUCGAGCAUCGCACAGUGUACAUCCCUUGGCGGCUGAAAACAGCGUGAGGUUUUGGAACCAUCGAAAGCGCACAGCUAUUAUCUCUGUUUUCUUUGCUGUUCUGUAAUAUAUAAUCAUCGUUAAGUCGUUUUUCGUUCGUUGACAAGAUUUUUUUUUAGAUGUGGACGGUGUGUGUUGAUAGGGGAGAAGGGAUGAAUCGGUGGAAGGAAAUAGACAUACAUACGCGUGCGCGAGUGGGGAUUUUACUUGUUUUAUACUACCUACCUACCUUCUUGCAGCGUAGCUGCGGCACGUUGUGUUUAUCUGUUAACACCAUUUACGUUUGUUAUAUGAUACGAUGAUCAUUGAUUUUCUCU